CAUGUCCUGCUACGAUCUGUGCCGUCCCUGUGGGCCAACCCCGCUUGCCAACAGCUGCAACGAGCCCUGUGUCAGGCAGUGCCAGGACUCCCGGGUGGUGAUCGAACCGUCUCCCGUGGUGGUGACCCUGCCCGGACCCAUCCUCAGCUCCUUCCCCCAGAACACCGUUGUGGGAUCCACCACCUCCGCUGCCGUUGGCAGCAUCCUGAGCGCUGAGGGAGUGCCCAUCUCCUCCGGGGGCUUUAACUUCUCCGGCCUUGGUGGCCGCUACUACGGCAGAAGGUGCCUGCCCUGCUAAAGGCGGGCCGGACGUCCGGUGAGUGCAUCGACCGGGAAGCCCAAAGCCAGGUGCCGCACUGAGGACGGAGCUGCUGGCCAGGGUUUCCAGAGGGGCUGAGCACCCUCGUGCCCUCCUGCAAAGGAGGGGUGGAAGCAAGGGGCCUUGCUGUGCUGCCUGGAAACAUGGCCAACUGAUGUCGUCUUCUCCUCCUGCUUUCUUCUCCGCAUCAUGAGUCCCUGUUGCCUCCUGCUGUCCUGUGCCAUGGGUUCAUCCUGAAGCAAGCUGAGAGGGGCCCAGCUCAUCACCCCCUGCCCGUGUGUGUGGGAGGAAGACGCG